AAGAAAAGCCACCCCUUUAACCUGUCAUGGCCUCGUCUCAGAAACAACUCUCCAUGUCGUUCCUCGCUUACGUCCUCCUCAUGCUCGUGCAUCAAAUGCCAUGUCUUGCUUCAUCUCGGAGCUCUUCUCUAGCGGCCAUUGUUGGUGCUAGUAACCAAACGGUAAAUGAGGAAGUGGAGGCACUCCUAACUUGGAAGUCUAACCUAGACAGCCAGAGUCGCUCUACUUUGUCUUCAUGGAAUGGAAGCAACGCUUGUUCAUGGCGCGGGAUCGGUUGCGAUCCUCUCGGCAGCAUCACGAGCUUGAACCUUUCAGAUUCUGCCAUUCGUGGUACGCUUUAUCAUCUCAAUUUCUCUCAAUUGCCCAACUUGGUCACUCUAAAGCUUGCCAAUAACUCGCUCUUCGGAAACAUCCCUCCGGGCAUUGGCAAUCUUACCAAGCUUACUUAUCUGAACAUGCUUCAAAACAACCUUUCGGGAAACAUUCCAACUCAAUUCUGGUCAUUAGGAUCUUUGCAAAUUUUGGAUUUGAGUCAUAAUAAUUUAACCGGCUCAAUUCCCAAUCAAAUAAGUAGUUUGACCAACUUGUCCUUUCUAUCCUUGUCAGAUAAUAAGUUUUCUGGUUUCAUCCCUAAAGAAAUAGGAAUGCUUAAAUCUCUCAAUUAUCUCUACCUACUAAACAACCGCAUCACUGGUCCAAUUCCUUCUUCCAUUGGAAACAUGAGCAGCUUGAUGCAGUUAUGGCUUGUCAAUAAUCAACUUGUUGGGUCCAUUCCAAAGGAAAUAGGAAUGUUGGGAUCUCUCAAUGAACUUGAUUUAUCAGUCAAUGAUCUCAAUGGAUCCAUCCCCACCACUCUAGGAAAUCUAAGUAGUAUGGCAUUUCUUUACUUCUAUACCAAUCAACUUUCUGGCUCCAUACCCUCGGAAGUUGGAGGAAUGAGAUCCCUCAUAAAUUUCCAACUGCUAGAGAAUGAUUUAACAGGCCCUAUCCCGUCGUCCAUAGGGAAUUUGACCAAUCUGAAUAUCCUUCAUCUUUACCAAAAUAAGCUGUCCGGUCCUAUUCCCAAAGAAAUAGGAAUGCUCGGGUCUCUCUCUGGUCUCGUGCUUAUGGAUAACAAUUUCUCUGGCUUGAUUCCAUCCACAAUAGGUAACUUAAGCAAGCUCACAAAUCUGCAGCUAGCCAGCAACAAUUUUGUCGGCCACUUGCCCCAAGAUAUUUGCACUGGUCGAGCUCUUCAAAGUUUUUCCGGGAUGGAUAAUCACUUCACUGGUCCAAUUCCGCGAGGCCUCAGAAACUGCACUAGUUUGAUUAGAGUCAGGCUCGAGGACAAUCAGCUCAAGGGAAAUAUAUCGGAGGGUCUCGGCACAUACCCUUACUUAGUUUAUCUUGGGUUGAGCAACAAUGAACUUUACGGUGAGCUACCCCCUAGACUGGGUGAGUAUAGCAAUUUGACAAGCCUGAACAUCUCCAACAAUCGAAUCUCAGGUGUGAUACCUUUUGAGGUUGGCAACAUAACCCGAUUACAUAGACUUGACCUCUCUUCAAAUAGCCUUGUUGGAGAAAUUCCAAAAGACCUAGGAAAAUUGACGUCUCUUCUAGAGCUUUCACUCUAUGACAAUCAUCUUGUAGGCAACAUCCCUCAAGAACUUGGAACAUUGUCCGAUCUGUCAAACAUUAACAUCGCCGGAAAUAACCUGAGUGGCUCAAUUCCCAGGCAACUUGGGGAGUGUUCGAAUCUUCAGUUUUUGAUUUUAAGUAGAAAUGGUCUUGACAGAAGCAUUCCCAUCGAGAUUAGCAAUCUUCAAUCUCUUCAAAUUCUCGAUCUGAGUCAAAAUUUGCUUACGGGAGAAAUACCUGGACAACUUGGGCUAUUGCACAAAUUGGAGACACUCAAUCUCUCACGUAAUCAGCUCUCAGGUUCCAUUGCGUCGACCUUUGAUGAUAUGGCAAGCUUGACGUCAAUUGACAUAUCGUACAAUGAGUUAGAGGGUGCCUUAGCAGACCUUCCAGCCUUUCGUAACGCUACAAUUGAAGUUGUGAGAGGAAACAAAGGCUUAUGUGGAGUUAUUGCUGGUCUCAAUCCAUGUGCAACGACAAGGUCCAAAGGAAAAAACCAACAACAAAAAGCUGCUGCUGAUAUUGGUUCCAACUUUAGCUUGCCUACUCUCUUUGUUUCUUGUUGUGGGAGGUUUGAGUAUCGUACGCCGAAGAGUAAGGAAAACAGAGGCUAG